GACGGCGACGAAUCUCAACAUACUCGUCCCGUUGUUCCGGCCAGACACGCAGACACGGUUUACACAAUCCACACAUCCGCCCACAAUGCCACCACCAAUACGAAGAGCGCCUCUGCGGUCGCUCGCAGUGCCCGUCCUCGCUCGCAGUGCCACCGCAGCAGCUCGACCAUUCAGCAGCACCACUGCCAACCCCUCCGACAUUCCCAUUCCGCCCGAAUCCCCUCGUUUCAUCCCCCUCCCCGACCUCCCCCAGUCAGACGAGACCAAGAAGCCCAUUAUCAAGGGUCGCCUCCCCAUUCCGCGCGAGAUCUUCACUAAGCGCGCCCACAAGGACCACAAGCUCUCGCCGACCUUCGUCCGCGACACAGCACCGCACUCCAAGGCCGAACGGCGCGGCGAGCCGCCGCGGUCUGAACGCGACGCCUGGAAGCGUCUCAUGGCCGAGAGCCGGCGGCAGGCGCUGGGCAGCGGCAUCGGCAACCUGUGGAAGCGCAAGGUGAAGCGGGAGACCAAGGCCAAAGCUCGAGCCGACGCCCACGCGCAGCGCAACCUGGACGACAAGCGCGCCCCCGAGCGGCCGGAUGAGGUGUUCACACGGGGCACGAUCCCGCAGGCCACGCUGGACACGUCGGUCAUCCGGGACCCGAUGUAUGCCACGCGCCAGCGGGAGUCCGCCCAGCGGACGGCGGCGCUGCAGGCGGCCAAGUCGGAGGCGAGGAAGGAUGCGAUCCAGCGGCUCUACGUCGAGGCAAGCGACUUCAUCGUGACCGAGGAGGAGCUGGCCAAGAAGGUGGAUGAGAUUUUCUCCGAGGAGCACUUCACCAAGGCGGGCACCGCACGCGGUAUCUACUGGGGCGCGGAGAACAUGUGGGAGGCAUACGGGUCGCCGACGACGGUGCGGCAGAUGUUUGCAGAUAUGAGGGGCACGAGCACGCACGUCACAAAGGCUUACGAUACAUCCUUCAACAAGACGGUGCAGAGGCAGAAGGUUGUGGCGGGCGAGCUCACCGGUGGUGCGUUGUCUGUAGGCUAG